GGGGAGGGGACGAAGAGACACAAUUGGGGAGGGGGCGGGAAGAGAAGAAUCUGUUGCUUCUAAAGUUGAGUAGGAGUGAGCAGGCUAUAAAAGUAGAAGACCGCUCGGAGCAGAGAGAAGGUAGCUACAGGUGGCCUGUGAAAGCGGACGGACACACGGCCAGAGAGCAGCUCUUUCAGAAGCUCAGGAGACCGCAGAAGCAAGCGAGAGGAAGUGAACUGCCCAAGCAGCGGGACACAGCUGGAAGCGUGCCAUCGGCCAGCACAGAGAUGCUACUACGUCUGAUCUUUUCCCACCUGUUAGGAGCCUGGCUGCUUCUGAGUUUCUUUCCCCGAGAACUCAGAGCCCAGGAAAAGAAAGACAUCCAGCUGAAGCUGUGCGGUCGCGACUUUAUCCGGGCGGUGAUCUUCAUCUGCGGAUCGUCCCGCUGGAGGAGGGUUUCCAUGGUACAGGAGGAGGAGCCGAAGCAGCUGUUUGACUCCCAGAGCAACGAGUUCAUUCAUGGUCGGAAAGAGGGGCUGAUUCCUCAGUUGAACCGACAGGAUCGCACUGAAGACUUGAUCCCCAAUAUGGAGAAAUUCCUGAUAGGCUUUGAUGAAUUCAAGGAAGCUAUUGAGAAAAGAAAAAAUGAAAUCAAAACCACCACUCCUCUGAAACAAUAUGAGUUGAUGUGGGGCUCACAUUCUCGGAAGAAGAGAGAUGAAACCAGUGGACUAGCAUAUAAGUGUUGUCAUAUGACUUGUACCAAAAAGGAAAUUGCUAAUUUCUGCUGAGAGGAAGACAACUGAAUGUCUCUACUUUAGAUAUGUAUUCUCAAUGCCAAGUACACUAAUACUCUAAGGAGGCACAACAUGUUGGAUUAACAUGAAAAAUCACUUUAAUUACUUCGUCUUUUUUUCUUUUUCCUAUGAUCUGCAAGAAUAUAGCAGUUUGUGAGUGACGCUCUUUUUUUUGUUGUUAAUCUCUUAAAAUAAAUGAUUUCUAAACUUCUAAACUCUUCUACUACUACCAGAGCGACAUGAAUUGCCUUUUCAUUUUAUUACUAUCAUUUUAUUGUAGUAAAUAAAUUAUUCAUCACUUCAACCAAA